UGACCCAAUGGAUUGUCUUAGAAGCUUUUUUUUUUUUAAUCGCCAGUGAGCUCAUUUAAGUUUAAAGAUAAAACUGUGUACGUGUAGCUAGAUUUUUUUUAUUUAUAUUUUAUUGAUAACAACAUAAGCUCCGCACAAAGAAUGAGAAGGGUAACGCUCUUCGUUAACGGAACCUCUAAAAAUGGCAAGGUGGUGGCGGUCUACGGCACCUUGUCCGACUUGCUGUCCGUGGCCAGCAGUAAGUUAGGGAUCCGAGCGACCAGCCUGUACAACGGGAGAGGAGGCCUCAUAGAUGACAUCGCACUUAUUAGGGAUGAUGAUGUCCUCUAUGUAUCUGAGGGUGACCCCUUUGUCGACCCGCAGCACAGCGUCCGUGGUCCAGAACGGCGCUCCGGAGCUCACACAGACUGGCUGACUCUGAACAUUGGCGGCCGCCUCUUCACCACCACCCGGAGCACCCUGGUCAGCAAAGAGCCGGAGAGCAUGCUGGCACACAUGUUUAGAGACAAAGAUGUGUGGGGCAACAAGCGAGAUGAGCAGGGGGCCUACCUGAUAGACCGCAGCCCAGAGUACUUUGAGCCCAUCCUGAACUACCUUCGGCACGGGCAGCUCAUUGUCAACGAUGGCAUCAAUCUGCUGGGGGUUUUGGAGGAGGCGCGGUUCUUUGGAAUCGAGCAGCUCGCUGAGCAGCUGGAAGGAGUCAUAAAGAAUUCCCAGCCUGCGGAGGACCACUCCCCCAUCUCCCGAAAGGAGUUUGUGCGCUUCCUGCUUGCGACACCCACCAAAUCUGAGCUUCGUUGUCAGGGUCUAAAUUUCAGCGGCGCAGAUCUCAGCCGCCUCGACCUGCGGUAUAUCAACUUCAAGAUGGCUAACCUGAGUCGCUGUAACCUCACACACGCAAACCUGUGUUGCUCCAACCUGGAGCGGGCUGACCUGUCUGGGGCCAACCUGGAUGGGGCGAACUUGCAGGGUGUGAAGAUGCUUUGUUCCAAUGCGGAAGGAGCAUCUCUGAAAGGCUGUAAUUUCGAAGACCCAUCUGGCUUGAAGGCCAAUUUGGAAGGUGCCAACCUGAAAGGUGUGGACAUGGAAGGCAGUCAGAUGACGGGCAUCAACCUGCGUGUGGCGACGCUCAAGAACGCCAAGCUGAAGAACUGCAACCUGAGGGGGGCCACUCUGGCAGGCACUGACCUGGAGAACUGUGACCUUUCUGGCUGUGACCUCCAGGAGGCCAACCUGCGGGGAUCUAACGUGAAGGGUGCCAUCUUCGAGGAGAUGCUGACCCCUCUGCACAUGUCGCAGAGUGUCAGAUAACCUGCCCACCUUUACCAUCUCACUGUAGCUCCUUCCUGGGACCCUGGCUGGCUAACCCCGCCCCCCUCCCCCUUCAUUCCAGCAGUAGGUGUCUGGUAGACUCCAGCCUCUCCCACCAGCCAGAUCCCAGGAAACAUUAUGCAAUCGUAGCAUUUCUUUACUGUGCUGAACCCUGGCAUCCCACCCGGCUCUGUCAGCUUUAUUCUCUUGCACUAGGGGGCGCCGGGGUCCUUGUCAUUCUUCCACUUCUCAUUCUAAACACUUGUUCCAAUUAAGAAGACGCAACGCGGCGGCAUCCACUGUGACGGGGAUGCGUGUCCGUGGUAUUUAGCACUUGGCUAGCGGAACGUGCGCACCUGCCGCUAGCUGAGGGAUUAGCUGUCGGCCAAGGAGUUGGAGACGCAGUGCGAACUGGAGCUUCCCUGUAUACGAAGGACCAACUUAACGGAAUGUAAUGGUAUCGUGUACGUCGACGCCAAACCAGUUAGCAUGCUUGGGCAACACAUCUUAGGCGUAUUACCGUAUAAGAAUGUAAUGGAUUCAUAUAAUUAAGAUGUAAGAUGCAAUUGUAUAUCCAGCUAACGGUUGACGUAUGCAGCUUUGAACAGUGUUUAUCCUGUGUGUGUGUGUGUGUGUGUGUGUGUGUGCGUGCGUGCGUGCGUGCGUGCAGGAUCUUAGGCCAAGUAUUGUACAAGUUAAACGCUGCUUGACACGCAUUUUCCGGAAGCGUUGAAUCUACCUCCCCUUCAGCACGUCAGCCUUGGCUGCCGUGCAUUUCACUGACACC